AUGUUUAUACCUGAAUGUCUAUGCGCCUGCUCGAAAUUGCUAGUUUGGAUUUAUGGGGGUGCGUUGUUAGCGGGUUGUUCGUCUUUUGAAGAGUUCGCGCCUGGAGAUCUCGCAAAUGAAGACGUGAUAGUAGUCACGUUUAACUACAGGUUAGGAGUCUACGGGUUCUUAUCUACUGGAGACGAUGUCAUUCUGGGCAACGCCGGCUUGAAAGACCAACUUUUCGCGCUUCAGUGGGUGCAAAAAAAUAUUGCUUACUUCGGAGGCGAUCCGGAUAAAGUUACGUUGUUUGGGCAAAGCGCAGGUGGAAUAUCUAUCGGCCACCACAUCGCGAAUAAAAAAUCUCAGGGUUUGUAUAGGGCGGCAAUUUGUCAGAGUGGUUGUUCGUUAUCGCCUUUGUAUCAAAGUGAUCCCAAAACUAAUGCCUACGGUUUAGCGAAAAAUCUAGAUUGGACCAUAACAGAAGCAAAUACCACCGUCGAAAUAAGAGAUUUUCUUCAAAAUCUGUCCGUGGACGUUUUAACUCCUGUUGGAGGAUUUACGCUUCUGACUGGCAUUGUAUUAGAAGCGGAAAAUGACGAUGCUUACGUGACGGAUGUUAAUUUUCCUCACAUAGAAUCGGGAAAUUUUGUUCAGGUGCCCCUGAUGAUCAGUAAUGUUGCGGAGGAAGCUCUUGGGCAGUCUAAGCUGCCUUUAGAUUUACUACUCGUUGCACUGCUCUUCGAUUUUGACGUAAAAAAUUUAAUACCUGGAGAUUUGACACCAUUGCCGGGAACAAAUUUGACUGAGGUUGGAAAUAUAAUCAAGGAAACGUACAUGGAGGCGAAUGGAUCUUUUAUCCAAAAUCUCGCAGCAGCCGCAGAGGUGAGCAGCGCCUUCUUUGUGAGAUCUUCGUUCAAGCAGGCAGAACUUCAGUCCAAUUACACGCCGGUAUAUAUAUAUCAGUUUUCGUUUUAUGGGACUGCCAGUGAAAACCGAACUAAAAUUGAAGGGGUUGGGAAAACAGGCCACAGCGACGAACUGCCUUAUCUUUUUAACAUAUCUGCUAUACCCCUGGUGACGGAUGCAGAUUUCUUGACGAGGAAAAGAAUAACUAGACUUUGGGCAAAUUUUGCGAAGACAUUAAACCCCACCCCUGAUGAAUCGGAUGCACUUUUAAACGUGACUUGGCCUUUAGUUUCACCAAGUAACAUACAGUUCCUCGAUAUAGAUAGUUCUUUAGAGGUAAAACCCAACCUAAGGGCUAAACAGAUGGCCAUGUGGAAUAGCGUGUAUUACACCUACGGGCAACAACCUUUUGUAGGAUUUUAAUACACUGUUAUUUUAAUAUUCGUAUUCAUAAAUAAAUAUGUAAAUACUGACUGUUUCACAUUGAGUAUUGUGAAUGAAGCAAAUUCCAUAAAACCAAUUCAAGAUAACUUCCAUACGAAACAUUUUGGGCUUAUCUGUUGAGAGGCACAAAUUUUCAUCUUCACAAUACGAUUUCUUAGUGGCUGAAUCGAGCUUUUGUGCUUUAUGUUGAAGUGCAACGAUUCAGUUUGCUUUAGAAUUUCGGAUAAUGUACUUAGUCUGCGCUGCCGCUUUACUUUAGCAAAAUUACUAAGUGCCUAUGCCAUACAAUAUGUAUUCGUUCGAGGCAAUACAGUUUCUCUAGUCCUUAAUAUGGAUGAACGGGGAAAAGGCGAUUUUCUUAUUUUCGAAAAAUAUGAUUAAUAAAAUUUAUAGCUGUAGCUGUAGACUUCCACAAAUAUCGUAUUUUGCAGAGUAAUUAGAUGCAAAAUACAACUUUCAAAGUAGUUUUGGUACUAAAUAGUAUUGGUUAGUAACGCAAUAAUAAAAAUUAUAAUAACAAUUAACAUAGCUUUAUCGAAGAGAUUUCCUAGUUUUAAUUUGCUAAAGUAGUGGAAUUUAAUUGUUUUCCCUAUUCGGCAUUAUUUCACUUACUUGAGUAGCGAUAUUCAAAGGAGCUAGUAAAUCACUCGCAUUAAGCUUUUCUUUGGCACAAACUUUAAUCAAUUGCAGCUUGUAACUUAAGGUUAAAGUACUCUUUGUAAGAG